AGCAAUACAACUCAUAGUUCCAUACCACAAAUAUGCCACUCAGUUCGACCUUCAACGAGUUCCCCACCAAACUUGGGCCUUUCCAUUCGUAAGAAAGUAUGGUAAUAAAACACAAAUCCAACCCCCUCCCUAAUCGAAUUCUUACAAUGGAGCACGUGGUGCACGUACCUACAUUACUUUUUUCCCGCGGUUCCCACAACCCCUGUUGCACAAGGAAUGGUAAACGAAUUCCGCAAGUGGUGCCAAAUUUGCCCAGUCACGUGGCGAACCCCGGUGGGAAGGAUUCGAUUGAUUUGCAGUCGUUACUUCCCGUUGAACCACCACGCGAUAAGCUGGUUUUUCGGUCUGUCGAGAACGUCUUCCGCCUUAAGUCAAACUGAAACAACACCAACCGGAAUGGGACCAGCUGAUGGCCAUCAUGAACCGCUUCCAGUACUUCAACCACUGGACCGACGAACAGCGCCGCGAUUGCCUCCGGAGGGCCAAGGUUCGAACCUUUGACGCCGAUGACAUCAUCUUCGAGGAAGGACGCCGGUCCCCUGUGAACUACGUGCAUUUCGUGCUGUCCGGGAAGUGUGCGGUGCUGCAGUGCUUGAAGGUUCGCAAGACCACAACGAAGUUCGGGGCCAUCCGCUACCGUCUGGCCGAGGCCCGUCCCAUCGAGGAUGAAAUCACUCAGUUCCAUCGGAGGCGGAGCUCCCGACUGGUUGGCCUAGCUCACAACACUACCGAAUCUUCUUCAGAACAAUCAACGCAACGCGCAGCAAUCAACUACGAGUAUCACUUCGUGGACAUCGGCAGCUACACGUGCGGUUCCGUAUUCGGCGUAGGUGAACACAUGGACGACCGUUCGGUGGUAGCCCGCGACGCAGUCCAAUGCCUCGUAAUCCCGCGCUAUUGGCUGCUGCAGAAGCGUCAGAAUGGGAACAACGUGUGGAACCGGAUCCGGAUUUUCCUCGAGCAGCGGCAACCAUCGCGGCAGCUGAUGUUCGAGUGGUACCUGAAGGAGCUGCGUUGGCGGCGACUUCGCCAGCAACUCAGGGACAAUGUCGUAGCGGUACGAGUGAGGACCAAUCCGACGGCGGUUUGCGAUGUGCCGACACUGAGCCGAAUCGAGGAUAGUGAUGUGUUCGCUUGAAGUGCAAAUAAAACAAUCAAUGCUACCUAUA